AUGAGUGCGAUCCCGAUUGUUGACUUUGGCGUCUGCAGCCUGGAGCGCGAACAUGAGCGCGUGACCCCAGAGGAGAUGGAGCGUGUGAGCGCGCAGCUGCACGAUGCGUUCACGCGCGUGGGCUUCGUGUUUCUGCAAAACACCGGGAUCACCCAAGAGGAGGUGGACCAGGUGAUGCAAGUCUCUCGUGAGUUCUUCUCUCUGUCUGAGCAGCAGAAGUCUUUGUACAGCAGGGGGCGCUAUGAGGAGAACGGGAACCAUGGCUGGGUCUCACUGCAGACAGAGAGGUUGAACCCCAAACGUCCCGGAGACCUGAAGGAAAGCUUCAACACCACAGUUCUGUCUCCACAAAUUUUGUGGCCCACAGGUGGCGCGCUCUCUCACUUCCAGCAGCUCCAGAGCUCGUUCUUCAGUCGCUGCUCCUCCCUGGGCCGCCGUGUGCUCCGCCUCAUGGCCCUGAGCCUUCAUCUGGACCCAGAGACCUUUGUGAAGGAGCACCGCCGCAUGGGAGAGCCGGGGAACAGCACCACCCUGCGCUCCCUUUUCUACCCCCCCCUGGUCCCAGACCAGAUCAGACCGGAGCAGCUCCGGUGCGGAGAGCACUCAGACUAUGGCAGCCUCACCCUGCUGUUCCAGACCAGGCCAGGGAUCCAGGUCCGCAGUCUCUCUGGUCUCUACAUUUCUCCUCCUCUGGUUCCUGGAGCAGUCCUCGUGAACAUCGCCGACCUUAUGCAGCGAUGGACCAGCGACAACUUCAUCUCUGUGCUUCAUCGUGUGCUACUGCCCUCUGCUGGUGACUCCUCAGAACGACAGUCUAUGGCGUUCUUCAUGCAGCCCGACGACUGCGCUGUGAUUAGCUGCCUCGACGGCUCAAGCAAAUACCCUCCAAUCAGAGCCGACCACUACCUUCGCGAUCGUUUCGCUGAGUCUUAUGGAGCCAGUGACAUCAUUGACCAGUGA